UUCUAUUCUGUUAAUGUUUACUUCAUCAACUGACCCAAGUACCUAAUAACAGCAAAUUCCGAACACAAGAAACGCAAUUAAUACCCUCAAGUUUCAGUCGGCAAUACCAUGUCCCGUAUCAUGCAGCAUACCAAAGGCGGGGUGGGAAAGCAGCCACUGCGUAAAAAAGAGUCUUUCGAGUUAAAGAGGCUUCUCGAUAUAGUAGAGGCUGUGGAGCGCACACAGUUGCUGGCUUUGGACAACCAAGAUAGUACCUUUAUAAAUGAGUUUAAUACCACGACAGGGGGUUUGGAGAGCAUCCUGUUGACCGAAGACGACCGCUGGUGGGUAAGAUGGCCCAGCGUUGCGUUCAGUGCCGUUGCUUGGAAACCUACUGCGUGGCUACACCGGACUCUUUUUACAUUUCUACGGAAUGUGGUCGGUUUGUUCUGCAAUUCUGUAUGGGACUGCGUAGUGGAUUUUCAUAUCCCCUCCUUAAAAAGGACCUGUUGUCUUGUUUUGCUUCUAUACAUACUUAUUGGUCUCCCUCUUCUCAUCCAGAGGGGUAGUGUAGCCAAUUAAGUAAUCUGAGGGUUUUCCGAGCACUUUCGUAAAGAACAGGAGGAUUUUGAAACUUCAAGAUUAAUGGAUACGUGAGAUAGUCAGAUUAUUCGGCUUAUUUGGCUU